AUGGAAGAAGACAAAAAGACUUUCCACAUCAAACAAAUGUCAUCAACAUUACUCGAAUUCCUUCCAAAAAAGAAGAUGACUUUUAAAUGCUUUGAUCUCACAGAAAGAAUUCAAAAAUCGGAGACAGAUGGAACCAUUGGAAAUUCAUUCUACAAAUCUUCUCUGAUGCCAUGUACCAUUAUUUGUCACAACGUUUUAAACACUGGUCUUUGUGACAAAUCGUGUUACUCAACAAAAUCUUUAGUGGAGAGAAUUAAAGGGUUAUCACCGAAAUAUAUCAAUUGUUCACACUUUACGAACGAGAGAAACUGUGCGUGUGCAUUAUUCCAGAUAUACAACAAAAUAACAACAACGUAUCCAAUCAACCAAGACUUCUCUUUCAAAACGACUGCGGACGUGAAUUACAUUCUCUCCAAUUUGUCACCAACGAAAGAAGUGAAGCGAAAUUACCUAUUUGUACUCAACGACAUUGACACUCCCUUUCUCCUUUCCCACAGGCAAUUCUUCAUCGACUUACUUCCAACUUUAAUAUCAAAUUUCCCAACAACACGAUUCAUUCUUAACACCAAUUCAGUCGAUGGACCCUUCCUCUUUUCCUUUGCUCAAAUGAUCAAAAUGCGACUCGUGAUUAACACAAUAACGGGAGACAGGUGGAAAGAUCAAAGUUGGUUCGUUACGCCCGUAGUAACACAAGACGCUCCGAAGACAAAGACAAGAUCGGCUGUUGUUUUGGAUCAAACAGCUUCGUUAAGUAGUUUAGAAAAGGAAGUCCUUUCUGGGAUAGUCUGUGGCGAUGCUUGUAGCAUUGAACAGUGCUUUAAUGCAUUCAGUGCAACAAACAAAACCGUGUCGUUCUUAGCAUACAAAAAGACUCUAAAGUGGUUAAGCGAGAGAGGACUUAUAACAAUACGUCGUGGGGUCGUCUCGUUGAAAGUGAGCAAACAAAAGUUGCAGAACAUCCUCAAACUGUCGUAA